CAGCCACAGUGGGCAAACUUCCAACAGCAGCCACCGCAGCAAGUGAGUUUCAAUGUGCAUUACCUAGAGAUGCCAACGCGACCACACGAUGCAUCUCCAGCUCAGAUUCUCUCCAUGCAACAGCCGACCGUUCCACCCGCACCAGAAAUGGGCAUGCACGACAAGAUCUACCAGGUGAUGCAGAAGAAAUCACAGUCCAUGGAAUUCAACGUCCCCUCCAGACCUAUUUGGACCGCUAUCACGCCCACGCCAGAAACUCCUGGAAACUAUGACCAUGACGCAAUUUUCCAGGAAAAUCUAAAGAAAAUUAAUGAAAUGUCAACUACUACAGUUCCACCGACGACAACCGCCAAAGUAGCUGAGAUCAAACAAGUGGAAGGCGAGAAUAUGUUCCGCGAUAUUCUGUCGGUAUUCGAUGAGACUGAGAAGAAAGAGGAAAAGGUGAUGAGGAUUCCUAUUAUUUUGUCCUUGUUCGCAAAAGGGCAUGACUCUUCUCGAGUGGUUUUUGUAACGCUCUAG